CGCGCGGCCAUUUCGCUAACAAACACACCGCGGAGGAACACCAAAGGAUUAUGAAUGAAACCGAUUCUGUAUUGAGAAAGCAAAACACCGCGCCCGCUUACACAGACUGAACGCGAAAAGAAAACUCUUAAUGAAAUGAACAUAGAUGACGUUAUUUGUCAGUUUGCGGGGGUGGGAUUAAAUCCUGCAGAUUGAUAGCGUUUGGCCUAUCGUCGCUCUCCCUUCGUUGGAUUGAUGAGGUCUUGUCCAAUCAGCUGCGCGCUCUGCUAGCGCGUCACAAGCGUAACGGCCAAUGGACACCGCGUAGCUCUCGCCGAAGCAGGAGUUCCCUGUAGCUGUGGAUUGAGGAUUAAUGGAAGGGCUCUGACUGUCGAAUUAUGCGAGCUACAUAGUGCACACGACCGGAUCGCUUCAUCAACACAAACAAGCAAACGACCAGGCUACCGAAAAGGUGCGGCGAAGUCGGCGUGCUGCGACUGGACCCGCGCGCGGACGGUUGAAAACAAGUGCUCGUGGCGGUCGAGAAGAAAGUCGAGGGCCUCGCUCAGGGUUAGCAGAGAGAGGAAGAGGAGCGAGAGAAGGAGAAGAAGACGGGCUCUUGGUGGAAUUUCAGCGGACCCGACCCAGGAGAGCUGAGAGACGUUACCUAAACCGAAGCUCUGCAACCAGACAGCUACUGUUAGCUAGCUAGCGCUCGCUAGCUAGCUAAACCAACUAAACAGCUUCUAUCAACCUCCAGACUUCAUUUGAUCUGACAGCGUAACGUUACUGUGAUCCAGCGAGUUAUGUUCGGACAUAGCUAGUGCAACGGACGCAGACAUCGUAUGAGCAGUAAGGAGACGGAGUCUGAAGACAGUUGGCGUCAAGAAAAGUCGAUUUAGAUCUGUUAUACCUGGCCUGCAAUCAUGGGCAACGCGCCCACCGCCAAGAACAAGGGCAACGAGAUGGAGAGCGUUAAGGAGUUUCUUGCUAAAGCCAAAGAAGAUUUCCUAAAGAAAUGGGAGAACCCAGCACAGAACACUGCAGCUCUGGACCAUUUCGAGAGGUUGAAGACUCUAGGCACUGGCUCGUUUGGACGAGUCAUGCUAGUCAAGCACAAAGAAUCAGGCCAGCAUUUUGCCAUGAAGAUCCUCGACAAACAGAAGGUGGUGAAGCUGAAACAGAUAGAACACACGCUGAAUGAGAAACGCAUCCUGCAGGCCGUCAGCUUCCCAUUCCUUGUGCGAUUGGAGCACUCGUUCAAGGAUAAUACUAACCUGUAUAUGGUAAUGGAGUAUGUUCCUGGAGGAGAGAUGUUCUCUCACUUACGUAGAAUUGGCCGAUUUAGUGAGCCUCAUGCCCGAUUCUACGCCGCCCAGAUAGUUCUGACCUUUGAAUAUCUUCACUCACUUGAUCUUAUCUACCGAGAUCUGAAGCCUGAAAACCUGCUCAUAGACCAGCAGGGCUACAUACAGGUAACAGAUUUUGGCUUUGCUAAACGUGUAAAGGGCAGGACCUGGACACUGUGUGGCACACCCGAGUACCUGGCGCCAGAAAUCAUCCUCAGUAAAGGUUAUAAUAAAGCAGUGGACUGGUGGGCUCUGGGAGUGCUGAUCUAUGAAAUGGCUGCUGGUUACCCUCCGUUCUUUGCCGACCAGCCAAUCCAGAUCUACGAGAAGAUUGUUUCUGGGAAGGUCCGCUUCCCCUCACAUUUCAGCUCUGACCUGAAGGACUUGCUGAGGAACCUGCUGCAGGUAGAUCUGACGAAGCGCUUCGGUAACCUCAAGAACGGCGUCAAUGACAUCAAGGGCCACAAAUGGUUUGCAACCACCGACUGGAUCGCAGUCUACCAGAAGAAGGUGGAAGCCCCCUUCAUCCCUAAGUGCAAAGGCCCCGGGGACACCAGCAACUUUGACGACUACGAGGAAGAAGAAAUCCGGGUCUCUUUCUCAGAGAAAUGUGGAAAGGAGUUUGCUGAAUUCUAGAAGCAGCAGCGGAGGAGAGGGAUGGAGAGAGGUUAGAUGUGGGGCAACAGAGAGAAGAAAACGUUUUCCAGGGUGGUGAUGAUGAUGUUGAUGGACUGGACUGAGCCUUAUCCGGUAACAACAACGUAGAGCCCUCACACACAGAUGGAGGGAGAAGAAGAACAAAGUCCAGAGAGAGACGCCAGCAGUGUUGCCUUUUCAGAUCCUUCGCCCCAUGUUACUUGUCCAUUUUCAUGUUUUUCCUCUUGUUUGGUAGCCAGGGUCCAUUGGGCAGAGAUUCGAUCACUUCUCUGUGACUGGCUGGCAUGGGGAUAAAUGUGACUUCUUUUUUUUUUUUUCUUUUUUUUUUUUCCAGAGAUAUAGAGGUUACUUUCAGGUACUGAAUAUUGGCUUCUCCAGAGAAUGUUUUGUUUUGUUUUAAUUAGCAAAGGUGUCCUUGCUCUGUAGUUCUCCACCCCGUCACAUCAUGUUUACGUCCUGUGCACUUAUUGGCAACCAGUACCAAAUCAAACCAACUUACACCGUUCAAGACUUCUGGCUUUUUGUUUGACACCUCACCUAUUUCUCCUUUGGAUUUCAAGCAUCACACCACCAUCCUUCAAAUUUGCCAUCACAUAUUAAUUGGCUACAGUGCUCUAAGAUCAGGCAGAAUCAGCCGCUUGGUGUAAAGAUGGUUGAUUUGGAUCAUUCAUUUGUCAUUCUCCAGAUCAUUUAGUGUAUUUAAAGCCGGAAUGUUCAUAUUUAAGCCAAUAGAAUGUGCUUUGGGUUGAAAGUGGCCACUGAAAAUCCGUUACACUACUUUAAAUUACACAUCUGUAGCAUGAAAGCAUACUUGAAGCUCCAAAUCCGUUAUUUCACUCGUUUCGCAGAUGGCUUUGAUCCUAAGAUAUAUUUCCAGAUAAACUGACAAAAAGCAGAACUGAAGGAAUGCAAUGAAUUAACCGCAAACACAAACACUUGUAAUGCAGCUGGUUUGUUUUUAAAAAGAGGCUUUUAAAGGAUAACGUUAAAGGAGAGCACUGUUUCUGUGGUCACACUGGGUUCCUGGUGGAUGUUUUUUUGUUUGUAUUAUUAUUAUUAAUAUUAUUAUAAUUUUCUGCCGUGUCGCCUGAUAGUGACCAAACCUUUUGUUUAAUUGAACAGUCUGGUAUCUGUCCUUACCCUUACCAAUGAUAAGAAUAAUCUUCUGGACAUGAAAGUUGUGUGAAAAUAAAGCCGAUUUUCAGUAAGUUUUAACUCUCUAAGGCUUCACCAAUCAAUCUCCAUUUUCUGCUUCAAAUAAGUUUGUAGUUCAUGUCGACUUUAUUGUCUGUUUACGAUAUCGACUUUUAGUGAAUCUCCAUUCGGUCUGUUGAAAUAUCGUCCGGCGAACUGAUCAAAAUGUGUUUGCUUUCUAUCUUGCUCUGUAACUUUAUUGGAUGCAAGACAAUCGAAAUGCAAAAGCCCCCAUGAUUUUAGUUGUUGUUGGUGUUUAGUUUUUCAGAAGUGUGCAGUAAUGCGUAGUGUGUUGCAGUGAUUUUAUUUCGUUAUGCUUGAAAAGCUUUGCGUCGAUGAAUAUUUAAUUUGAUUGUAAAGGCGCCAAACUGAACCGCUGUCAGUUUGAGUAACAGAAAGGACAUGAUAU